CCACACUUUUUUCUUUUUCUUCUUCAUAUCAUGUCGAAGCACUUUCUACUUUCGUCAAUCCGAAGCCAGCGAAAGCUCUAAUUUAUCAUCUCCAAUUCAGACAUCCCAAAUCUCCGGCACUUCGUUAAUCCCGAAAUCUCCGAAUAAAGGGAGAUAAUCUUAGAGGUGUGGCCGUAUGAGUAUGAACUGAAGUGGUGGUGCAGAGAUGAAUGUGAGCCAUGCGACGGUUCACCCAGUGGAAGAUGUACCGACCACCACCGACGCCGGGAAUAACGCUCCGACAGUGAGGAUGAAGGAUAUUCAGGGAAUGCCCGGCACUGCUGGGGGGCUUGCUUUGCGCCUCUGUCAGCUUCUUUUUGCGGUCGCCGCACUCUGUGUCAUGGCAUCCACCAGCGAUUUUCCUUCUGUCACAGCCUUUUGCUACCUUGUUGCUGCCACUGGCUUGCAGAGUAUAUGGAGUCUUAUACUUGCUGUUAUUGAUCUAUACGCUCUUUUGGUGAGACGCUCCUUGCAGAAUUUACGAGUUGUCAGUUUCUUUGCUAUCGGUGAUGGGAUCACAUCCACGCUGACUUUUGCCGCAGCUUGUGCUUCUGCUGGCAUCACAGUCCUUAUUGACAACGAUCUUGACAGCUGCAAACAGAACCACUGCAUGCAGUUUGAAACAGCUACUGCAAUGGCCUUCAUUAGCUGGUUUACUGCAAUGCCAUCUUUUCUUCUAAACUUUUGGUCACUGGCAUCCCGAUGAAGAAAGAUCAAACAAGAAAGCCAGAAGUCCCAUCUCAGACUGGCACUCGGAAACACUUUCAUGUUAUUAUCCAGAGGAAAUUUGGUUUUGAUGUAUAGUUUAUAAAAUCAGGUUGCAACAUAAAAAUUUAUGGCGAUGAAUACCACAAGACUGAAUUUGAUUGAAUCACAUUCAAUUAAAGUGUGUUAGAAUUAUCUGCAUGUCAAUGCCAUGUGAUGUGAGCUUCUCUUCUCACUGAUGUCUCUGGUCCAAGAAACAUUCUCCUUCUGUAUUCUAAUGAUUGAACUCUUAAUUAACAAGGUGUGAACAU